GGUGGGGGCGAAGCCCGGCCAGAGCGGAGCGAUGUCCCAGCCUCAGCAGCAGCCGCCGCCGCCGCCGUCUUCUCAGCAGCAGCCGCAGCCGCCGCCUCCGGCCGCCUCCAAGAAGCGGGACAGGCGCAUCUUCUCAGGCACCUGCCCCGACCCCAAAUGCCAGGCGCGGCUCUUCUUCCCGGCCCACGGGCCGCAGAGCAGCGGCAGCAUCGAGUGCACCGACUGCGGGCAGCGCCACGAGCAGCGGCAGCUGCUGGCCGUGGAGGAGGUGACGGACCCCGACCUGGUGCUGCACAACCUGCUGCGGAGCGCGCUGCUGGGCGUCAGCGGCGCCGGGCCCCCCCGCAGGAACACUGAGCUCGUCAAAGUCAUGGGCCUCUCCAACUACCACUGCAAGCUCCUGGCCCCUAUCCUGGCCCGCUAUGGCAUGGAUAAGCAAACGGGCAAAGCCAAGCUCCUCACCGAGAUGAACCAGGGUGACAUCUUUGACUGUUCCCUCUUGGGUGACCGCGCCUUCCUCAUUGAGCCAGAGCAUGUUGAAACCAUUGGAUAUGGAAAGGACCGCUCUGGCAGCCUCAUCUACCUGCAUGACACUCUGGAAGACAUCAAGAAGGCCAACAACAGUCAGGAGUGCCUCAUUCCUGUCCAUGUGGAUGGAGAUGGCCACUGCCUGGUUCAUGCAGUCUCACGGGCACUUGUUGGCAGGGAGCUGUUCUGGCAUGCUCUGCGAGAGAAUCUAAAGAAGCAUUUUGAGGAGAAUCUGAGUCACUACAAGGCCCUCUUCCAUGAUUUUAUUGAUGCAGCAGAGUGGGAGGACAUUAUCAACGAAUGUGACCCUUUGUUUGUUCCUCCAGAAGGUGUGCCAAUGGGCCUUAGAAAUAUUCACAUCUUUGGUUUGGCCAAUGUGCUUCACCGGCCUAUCAUCCUGUUAGAUUCACUGAGUGGAAUGCGAAGCUCUGGAGAUUAUUCAGCUACAUUCCUUCCUGGGCUGAUACCCCUCGAAAAAUGCAUGGGAAAAGAUGGCAUGCUGAACAAACCCAUCUGCAUUGCAUGGAGUAGCUCAGGACGUAAUCAUUAUAUUCCUCUAGUUGGAAUAAAAGGUGCUGCUUUACCUAAACUGCCUAGGAAGCUACUCCCUAAAGCUUGGGGAGUUCCUCAGGACCUCAUCAAAAAGUACAUCAAGUUAGAAGAUGAUGGUGGUUGUGUUAUUGGAGGAGACAGAAGCUUGCAAGAUAAAUACUUGAUGAGGCUUGUUGCUGCAAUGGAGGAAGUUUUCAUGAGUAAACACGGUAUUCAUCCUAGUCUUGUAGCCGAUGUACAUCAAUAUUUCUACAGAAGGACUGGUGUGAUUGGAGUUCAACCUGAAGAAGUAACUGCAGCUGCCAAAAAAGCAGUGGUGGACAACCGCCUCCACAGAUGUCUAAUCUGUGGGGCCCUUUCAGAGCAUCACGUCCCUCCAGAGUGGCUGGCUCCAGGGGGAAAACUAUAUAAUCUGGCAAAAAGUACGCAUGGUCAGCUAAGGCCUGACAAAAAUUACAGUUUUCCUUUGAACAGUCUGGUGUGCUCGUACAACCCUGUAAAGGAUGUGCUGGUACCAGACUAUAGCCUAAGUAGUUUGACUGCUUGUAACUGGUGUCAUGGUAAUUUAGUGCGUCGUGUCAGAGAAGAUGGAUCUGUUUUAUAUUUGGAUGGAGACAGAACUAAUACUAGAUCUACAGGUGGCAAAUGUGGCUGUGGAUUCAAACACUAUUGGGAAGGUAAAGAAUAUGAUAAUCUCCCUGAAGCUUUUCCUAUUACUCUGGAGUGGGGUGGAAGAGUGGUGAGAGAGACAGUCUAUUGGUUCCAGUAUGAAAGUGAUACAUCUUUGAACAGCAAUGUGUAUGAUGUUGCAAUGAAACUUGUUACCAAACACUUUCCUGGUGAAUUUGGUAGUGAAAUUCUUGUUCAAAAAGUUGUCAAUACAAUAUUGCAUCAAACUGCCAAAAAGAACCCUGAUGACUAUACCCCUGUAAAUAUUGACAGUGCUCACGCUCAAAGAACUGAUGAUAUGCAGCAAGGACAAGAAUUAGAGUCACAACUUCCAACCAAAAUUAUUCUGACUGGACAGAAGACAAAAACUUUGCACAAGGAGGAGUUAAAUAUGAGUAAAACUGAAAGAACUAUUCAACAGAACAUAGCAGACCAGGCUUCUGUAAUGCAGAAACGAAAAAGUGAAAAAUUAAAACAAGAUCAUAAGGGGCAACCUAGGACUGUUUCUCCUGGGGCUAUUCGAGAUGGGCCAUCGUCUGCUCCUGCUACACCAACAAAAACCCCUUAUUCUCCAACUUCUACAAAAGAAAAGAAAAUUAGGAUAACAACAAAUGAUGGGAGGCAGUCAAUGCUUACCCUGAAGUGCACAACCACAUACUUGGAACUACAGGAAAGUAUAGCUAGAGAAUUUAACAUUCCUCCAUAUUUGCAGUGUAUUCGCUAUGGCUUUCCUCCUAAAGAGCUUCUGCCUCCCAAAGAAGGCAUGGAAAAUGAACCUGUUCCUUUGCAACAUGGUGAUAGAAUUGCUAUAGAAAUUCUGAAAGGUAAAGAAGAAGAUAGUCAGUCUACUUCAGCACACUCUGCCCAUGCUGUGAAACAUGAAGAUGUUGCUGUGACGAGUAAAAUAUCAUCGAAGGAACUGCAAGAGCAAGUUGACAAGGAGAUGUAUUCUCUGUGUCUUCUAGCCACACUGAUGGGAGAAGAUGUUUGGUCUUAUGCAAAGGGGCUUCCUCAAUUGUUUCAGCAAGGUGGAGUAUUCUACAGCAUAAUGAAGAAGACUACAGGUUUGGCUGAUGGCAAGCACUGUACCUUUCCACAUCUGCCUGGUAAAAACUUUGUGUACAAUGCAGCAGAAGAUAGAUUAGAGCUGUGUGUGGAUGCUGCUGGGCACUUUCCUAUUGGUCCUGAUGUUGAAGACUUGGUUAAAGAAGCCUUAAGUCAAGUACGAGCAGAAGCUACUUCAAGAAGCAGGGAAACAAGUCCUUCUCAUGGAAUGCUGAAGCUGGGUAGUGGUGGAGUAGUGAAAAAGAAAUCUGAGCAACUACAUAACAUAACUGCAUUUCAAGGAAAGGGCCAUUCUCUAGGAACUGCAUCUAGUAGUCAACAACACGAUCAAAGAGUCAGGGAAACACCACUUUUAAGAAAGCAUAGCACAGAAACAGACUUCAGUCCUUCUACUAAAAUUGAGCCUUCUAUAUUCACAACUGCUUCUGGUAACAGUGAGCUUAUCCGAAUAGCUCCUGGAGUUGUGACAAUGAGAGACAGCAGGCAGCUUGACCCUACUUUGAUUGAGGCACAGAGAAAAAAGUUGCAGGAAAUGGUCUCUUCUAUUCAGGCGUCAAUGGAUAGACACUUGCGGGAUCAGAAUACAGAGCAGUCAGCAUCAGUUGAUCUAUCUCAAAGAAAAGUAGAGGCAGUGAGUUCCACUGCUAAAACUGGGAGCUUUCAGGCUGGGUUGUCCGAAUCGUUUUCUGCACCAGGUGGCACUGAACACUUGAAUACCGAAUCAACUGAUGGUAACAUGGUGAAUUCUGUGGGAGCAGCAUUCUCUGCGAGGUCUAAAGCACAAAAGGGAAAUUCUGUUGAGGAGCUUGAGGAGAUGGAUAGUCAAGAUGCAGAAAUCACUAAUGCAACUGAGCCAAUGGAUCACUCUUGAUAGGUUAAAAUCUAAUAAGGGUAGAAGUUACUGUUAAAAUGUAAUGUUUAUUGGCUGGGCCACACAAAGUGAUUAGUUAUUAAAUCUUGUAUGUAUGUCAAAAGAUUAUAUCAUCUUAUUCAGUGCAUGAUAUGCAAGUGUGUGAUUGGCAAUAGCUUUCAAUAUUACCAUACUGCUGCCCAGGCUGGCUCUGUUACCUGUAAAUUAGUUAUUAGGAAAUGCACUGAGAUGAAUAUCUGCUGUAACUGUGGGUUAUUGAAAGUUCUAUGUAAUUUGUAAUUCCAUACAAGUCUUAAGAUUAAGCUCAUGUGAGGUUCUUGCCAUGCUAGUUCAAGGUUACUGGAAAGGUUAGAACAGGCAAAACAACAAACAUGACAAAGUUAAUCCUGUCCCAGAUAUUUAAUUCCACUCAAAAGUAUACUCUACAUAUGAACGAUACAUAAAUUUCCAAAAGUGACUCAAAUUAAACUGUGUGCUAAGUUUUAUAAUGCAGCAUAUACAAAACUUUAAUUACAUUAUGCUGGCAUUUCCUCCAAUUUAAAAACAUUUUCAUUCAUACAAUUGUAUGCGCUUGUCAGAAAUCUUGAAAUAAGUGUAACUAUAGUAGUAAACUCUCUAAUUUCUGCAUAUUGUCAGUUUAAGCAAGUUAAGAAAAAAAGGCUACUUAGUGUAUGAUGAAGAUAAAGUGAAUGUGGUGUGGUUAUGCAUGGCUGUCUAAGCCAACGCAGCCAUUUUGGUGCUCUGUUAGUAAGUGACAGCAUGUUUAUAUUUGCUCCAGAAUACUGAGCUGGUCAGAUGUUGUGCAACUUUUAAUACAACUACAGAAGAGAAGUUGGCAAGUGGAAGAAACAACAGAUGUUCAAUAGCAAAUCCAUUUCUUUUUUAAUAAGACUUUGAUUACUAGCAUUGGUCAGAAUGGCAGGAGUUAAAUAGUAGCUGUCCUUUUCAGAGCAGAUUAACAAUUUAUUGGAAGGAAGUUGCUCUGUAACAGACAUUAUCCUAAAGGGUUCAGUGAUAUUUGAGCUUUUGGAAGCUCACUGUUUAACUCCAUGGAAACAAGGAAUAUAUUCUGUUUCAAUGUCUAUAAGACUACCCACUACUAUUAGCUUCACUUCAGUUUGUGAUGCUGGUUUCCUGCAUCAGUCAGUUAUAAUAUAGCUGGUAUCCACUUAAGUAGCGUGUUCAUCGGACGUGCAGUGCUAGUUUUAAGAGCAGCUGUUGUGCUUGCUCCCUGAAGAUGGAAUAUUUAUCUGAUAUUGCACUUUGCUUCCUACCUUCAUAGUCAUAUUUUAAGUGCACUAUUGUUGCUUCCUCUAAUGGUAAAAUAACAUUGAGUGGAUGAAAGAUGUUAAUACAGCUUCAAAGGAAUUCAGAGCAUUUAAAUAUUGAAGUCCGUGUUUGUGCACAUGUGGAUUUUUAUCAGUUCACAAAUGUUGUUUGUAUUGUAAAUGUUUGUAUUCGGAAAAGUCUCCUCACUUUUUACAUUUCUAAUCACUUAAACAGUUCUAAGCAUUAGUAUGAUAAAAUGUCCCAUGAGAGAGGAUUUAUUUUUGUAUGGAAAUUUAACUGAAGCCAGUCACUUAAAGAAUAGCCCCCAUUUUGUCAAAGGAAAUUAAAAUUCCUCUGUUGGUUCUCUUUUUAUGGAGAGGGAAUAAAUAUUUAAUGAUUGAGUACACUACUUACAGGUAAAACGUAAGAAUCACCUUUUCACAAAUAAAUGAAAAAAAAAAAAAAACAUCUCUAAUGGCUAACCUGUGAGUUAGCAGUUUGGAAGCUUGGAAUGUAUGGAGUGAUUUGGCACACUAAAACUGACCUUGCUGAUGCAUUGAUUAACUGGCAGCGCUCAUUCAGUGAGGAACAGGAUGCCCAUGCAGCAGCUGGAAGCCUGCCAUGACUUCUGAAAACAUUUAGUCUCCAUCAGUCAGCUGUCUAGCUAUCUGAAGGCUACUUCUAUACUUAAGUAGAGGUGUGUGCUUAGUCACAGUAGGAAGGAUUAGAAAAGUUAGCAGUAACACGUUCCCAGGAAGGAGUUGAAGUGAGCAGAGGCUAAGGGGGGAGAGGAAUCGCCUGUGUCUCUUGCAUUUUGGACAAGAUAGCUAUUGCUUAGACAUUUUAAAAAUUUUCUUUAGCAAAAGGAGAAGACUUUCUCAGCUGAACAAAUGUGGGCCGUGUGUAUGAGAGAAUUUUAAGUUUGAAAUGAAUUGAAAUACUAGCUGCACAUCCUCUUUACUCGAGGAGAGGAAACUUACCCCUUUCUUGCCUUUCUGCUGAGACAACAGAAGUUUGCCCGUGCCUUCUACUGUGUAAAGAGGAAGGCUUGGUUUAAUUUUGACACACUUCCCAUUCUAGCAGUAAUUUGAUGUUUUCUGCCUUAUAGAAAUAGAUGCAGAUAAUAACUUUGUUUUUUUGAUUCCCCAUUAGUAUCAUAUCGGGGUUCCACUCAAAUCAUGUAGGUCAGGCUGUCAGGCUGAAAUAGGAAGAAUAAAAUGCUGAUAAAAUUACAAGAUCCACUGAUGUGAAUGCCUCUGGUGUAAUGUAGGAUUGUGCAUAUUUCAUUGAAGUGUUCUUAUUUCACAUAGCUUUCUCAUGUAUUUAAAUAUUAAAAAAAAAUCUUUUUGAGAAAGAUGGCUUUUGGUACUCUUACAUGAGGCUAAACUGCAUCUACAUGCCAGAGACGUGUAACUACAGGAGAAGUGAAAUAAAGAACACUGAAGUGUUGGUUUGAACGGAUGUUUCAUUUGGUUGCAAGCAAUGGACACGUAUGUACGUUGAGGUAGACCUGUGUGCCUGUCUUUUGAGCGCACAUGUGCUUGCAAGAUUGCCCUGUUGAGUCAGGAAAACCGAAGGUGGUGGGAGGAUAUGGGUAGGGAGGAUCUUGGCUCUUGUUGUGAAGGCAAAGCCCCUGUGACUUCUCAGGUGGUAGGAAGAGUGAUCUAUACCUUUUUUUUCAAGAAAACCAUCUUCUUGCUGCAGAAUUGCCUCUGGGGGCUUAGACUGUGGUUCUAACUUCUGAGUGCCUGCUAUGGUUACUUUCUUGUCUAGGGCCAGCCACCCUUGAUACAGUUCUUGUUACAAGGAAGACUUAAAUUACUUGAAAAUCAUAAACUUCACUAUGGCUUAAUGCAGGUAACCUUAAUGAGAGGUGAUUACUCAGUGCAAAGAAAGGAGGAGGAAUGGGUGAACAACUAGAUUCUCAAUAAGUAUAUGGAAAACCUCAGGAGAAAGAUCAAAUUUCCAGCCAAAUGCAAGCUUUUAACUGCUUAAAACUGCUGCCUGAUUAAUAAGGCUCUCUGUAGUAUCUUUUUGAUACUACUUGUUCCCUAAGAUUUGUUUCAAUUUCAGUGAAUGAAAAAAGACUGCAGCUUUACAAAUAAUAUAAAAAUUAUUUGGGACAUUUUCACUUUCAUAGGCACAAAACAUCAAUGUAUAUUGUUGGUUUGCUGACUCUCUUAAAAGUUACUAGUCUUUUACUAGAUACGAAGUAUGAAUUAGAACAUCUUCUGAUCUGCUCACUGGGGAAAUUAAAGGUGGUCCUCACUUUGUGUUUGUAUGGUCGAGCUGUUCUAUGGUUUUAAAACUUCCACAUAUCAAAUAUUAAAUAGAUCUUUACAAAGCUGUAUUUAGGUAAGGCUGUGUUUAUAGAAACACCGUUUAGACAUUGCCUCCAAGAGGAUACUCUAGCAGCUUCACAGUUAGAGUGCCCCAAAACUAUAUGCUAACAACCCUGUACAAUGGGCGUAUUUUCAAGACCAAAGUGCUUAAUUUAAAAUCUUUCUAGAAGUAGAAUAUGUUGUCACCGUUACAAGGUUUGCAGAGUUGCUUCUGUUAUUAUUUUUUUUUCCAAUGCGCUGCAAAAGCCAGGCAAUAAAAUUCAUAAUAUGCUUAUAAUUGGGAGAGCUAUGCUUCACCUGAACUAUAUUCAAAACGAAUGACUAAAGAAGAUGCCACUGUUAUCUCUACAUUUGUUGGGCUCCCAUUUUUCAAAUAGUGGAAUCUACAUGUUUCUGUAAAAUAAUAAUACGAAGUUGAUUCUUCUGUUAAAAAAACAUAACAGUAAGUGGUUUCUUUGUUUUGCUUAUGGAUAUCAGUUUAGCCUCUUAAAAUUGAAGAAGUUGCUUAAGAUCUGUAGAAUGCAGGAUUCCCUCUGAGCCCUUAUGCCUGUGGUUGAGCAAUAAAAGGUUGAAAUGUGAUUGGUAUUUUCAGAAUUAUUUUACUUUUAAUGAGGAUUAUUGCCAAGAAAUGAAAGAGUGCACUUUUAGGAGGGAAUGCUAUUUAAAUUGUAUAAAUAAGAAUUGAUAGUGUAUAUAUUUAGAAAACAAAUCUUUUUAAACAGUAAGUGCUUUACAUGUUGAAAUACAAAUAAAUUAGCAUAGAAAUUAUACCAUCCUCGCAGCACUGGCUGUUAUCCAGCACAGUUUGGUUUGUUUUAUUUGUGAUUGCUGUACUAAUUAUAUUUGAUUUUUUUUAUCUGUAAUGUAACAAUAGUGUAUUAUAACAGUAUAUAGUGUACUAUACUACACUUCACUGUACAGUAUUUGGAAUUUUCUUUGA